CGACCGACAUGUUUUUUUACCCCUCCUCCAUAAUCUGCCUCUGCCUUGUUCCCUUCUAGCUCUCCGCUCUUUCCUCAGACGUUGUGGUGAGGUGCGGAGCCGAGACCCGCUCUUGGGGAGAAGUCACACAUACAUGAAAAAGGACACGAAGCGUCACAUUUUAGUUUAAACGACAGACAUUUCAUUGCCACGGUUCUGCUUGUUUGUUGAGCUUCAGUAAAAUGGAUACUCAGUCCUCCCAGAUAUCAUCGUCGCAAGGUUUUGCCGAUGGACAGAAUUCUGCUGCCAAAGAGUCAAAGAUGUCCGAUUCCUUUCUUUCCUCUUCGCCUGUAUCUCUCAUUCAGUCUCCUCAAGACAAGAAAGGGGUCCUGGGUUCUGACAAGUCCACCGAAGGUGUAGCUACAUCCCUGCGCUUUUCAUCCCAACCAGGCUCAUUCCCACCCAGUAAUUACAGCAGUGACACAUCUCCAGCAGAUGAACAGGAUUCUCCAAUAAAGGUGUCUCCUGUUUCAGAACGAAUUAAGGCACUAGAAGCUCUUGCAGCUAAAAAAACGGAAGCUGAAUUUAGAGGCAAUGGAACUUUCACUCACUUCAGGGACCGACACAAUGAGAAAUCUGCAGUUGAGGCACCCAAAUCCAUAACCGGGGGGCCCAAAUCUCCCACAGAAGGCUCCAAAACUGCACACGAGGGCCCCAGAUCUGCAGCCGAGGGUCCCAAAUCUCCCACAGAAGGCUCCAAAACUGCACACGAGGGCCCCAGAUCUGCAGCCGAGGGGCCCCAAUCUCUUACUGAAGGCUCCAAAUCUGCAGCCGAGUCACCCAGGUCUCAAGCUGAGGGUCCCAAAUCUCCAGCUGAAGUACCCAGAUUUCCUGCUGAAAAAACUAUACAGACUCUUCAGAAAAAAGAAAAUUCUGCUGAUAUGGAGUCACCAGAAUCCCCAUUUGAAAUCCUUGGAGACUUGAAGCAAGUCAGUGAAUUUGAAGAGACGGAGCAGUGGAUGAAGGCACAUCUACCUCCAGUGCCAGAUUUUGAUGCUGCUGGUUUGUUUAACAGCACUAAGUCAGUCUCAGCGAACGAGACUGACACAGAUAUACCUGCUGCCUUUGCUGGUGUUCCUGAUGCUUUCAUGGAUCCUAUUGAAGGCCCAAAACAAAAAGAUGAGCUUGUUGGUGAACAGAAAAAAACAGGGGUUGAAGAGUUUGAUAUUAGCUUUUUGCCAACAGCUUACAUGUGGGAUCAUCAAGAAAAAUCAAAUGUAGAGGAGCCAUCUAAUCAUGAUAUGGCGAUAACAGCUUCACCUGCACCUCCUGCAGAGUUUGGUUCCACAUUUCCUCCAUCAUCCCCUCCAAUUUGCACUGCUGCUUCUCAGGUCUCUGAUGAGAAGAAAGCCAUUUGGACUCAAGAACUGGAGCAGCCAGAGGCAAAUGAAGGAGAUAGUUCAGGCGAGUCAGAUGAUACUGUCAUUGAAGAUCACAUUGCUGAACCUGGGUCUGCGUCAUCUCAAUCUUUGGAUCAAAAUUUAAAUGACACUUCAACCCCUCCCUGCACUGCUUCUGAACUUUCCACCAAUGAGAAAGAGGUCGUUCCACCAAGGUUUGAGAGAAAGCUAAUGCAGGUUCCAACCAUAAAUGUAAUCGAGACUGAUGAGCCCAAUUACAGUGAAGAGGAGAUGGAACCUGAAGCAGAGGAAGAUGAUGACUAUGAGGUUGUAAAAGGCCCAGACACGGGGCCUCCAAACACCUCAGAAUCAUGCCCAGAUAAUGGUGAAAAUAAAGUCCCCAGAGCACGGCCAUUGGAAACUGAAUUUAUGGAAGGCUACUCUCCUCCAUCUUCACCUGUGGACUCUGACUCUGAAUACUCCCCAAAACACAAGAUCCUUAACUGUCCUCCUGAAACGGUUAAUAAGACAUCUGCCUUAAAAUCUGAGGUCUUUCCCUAUCAGACCGGCUCAGUGGACUUACAACCUGACAAAUCACAGACCAUAUCAAAUGAGAGUAGCAACGAAUAUUCCCCUUUUGUUAUCAAAAACGAAGAAGUGGAUUUUCCAGAGAAUGACGAUGAUUGGUCCGAUGAAGCCCAGGAAAUUCUGUUUAAACCCUCCACAACUGUUCUGUUAUCUCAAGAGUCGGCUGCUAUCAAUCAGCCUGCGGUCAAUGAAAAGAGCAGCACCGCAGCAGAGGAGGCUUACACUAAACCUGCUCCUCCUCCUCCUAUGUCCAGCUUCAUGCAGGAUGAUAUUUAUGACAGACAGUCGUUUGAUUAUGACUUCGACCUCAGCUCUUCCCUGGCUCACACUGAUGUUAAAAAGUUAAACAAUGCUAAGGAACGUUUUCUGUCUGAUCCCGCUCAAAAUGACGAUGCCGAAGACAAAUUGGAUGUGGACAGCGCCAUUUCACUGAAUGGUGAUGACAUGGCCAAAUCUGAUAGUCAGCCAUCUUCAGAAGAUUAUCCUGAAAAUCCAUAUUCCUGUUUCCAAAGUGAGAUGAUAACCAGCUUUACUGAAAAAGAGGUCACUAAGAAGACCAUUGCCAACACUGAUGCAGAUAAUGUGGAAAAUGGCAACGUGCUCCCAUCUCGGAUACCAGUUUCACACAUUCAACAGGACCCCAAAACAGGUCACAAUGCAGACGAGACAAAAAGCAGCCCGGACAGAACCGACAGUGGCCCCCCAGCUUCCGAACCUAUGGAUAGUUUUGUGGAGUUCAUGAGAGAGUGUCUGAAAUCAAAGCAAGACGAAGAAGCUGACAGUGUGCAUCAGGGGCUUCCAUAUGAUGAGCCCCGCAAGACUGUUUCUCCUCUCUCCCAGGCUUCUUCAAGAAUGGUGAUGGAUUUUGAAGAAGAACAUCUUACACUCAAUGCUCUCAAAGAUCUGGGCAUCAGCCAAGAAGAAGAGGAGUCAGUAAAUUCUCAGUCUAAGGUCUCAGGGCAGAAUCAACCAAAGUCAGAUUUUACCCCUACACUGCCAUCAUCCUUCUCCUCAGACACCAAAGCUUCUUGUUCCCAAAGCAACCCUGUGUCUGACAGUACAUAUUCCAGUGAGGUGGAAGCCAUAGACGAAUGGGUAGCUGAAGCGUACCAUCUUGCAGAGCAUGUCUUGACAGCAAUACUAACCCACCUAUCAGUUAACAGCCUGAUCCACUGGAGGGACCCCAAGAAGUCAGGUGUGGUGUUUGGCCUGUCCCUGCUUCUGCUGCUGUCUCUGGCAGCCUUCAGCGUCAUCAGCGUGGUCUCCUACCUGCUGCUCGCCCUACUGUGUGUCACCAUCACCUUCCGCAUCUACAAGUCUGUCAUCCAGGCCGUGCAGAAGUCUAACGAGGGACACCCAUUCAAAGUGCUGAUAGAGAAGGAUGUCAGCAUCCCUCCAGAGACAUUCCGCAAGCACGUGGACACCAGUCUGACCCACAUCAACCGAGCCCUCAAGCAGAUGAGCCGCCUGUUUUUGGUUGAGGACCUUGUGGACUCUCUAAAGCUGGCUGUGGUCAUGUGGCUGCUGACCUAUGUUGGAGCGGUUUUUAAUGGAAUCACCAUCCUGAUCCUGGCGGAUAUCUUGCUGUUUGCUGUACCUCCGAUCUAUGAGAAGAAUAAGACCCAGAUUGAUCAGUACAUCAACCUUGUGCAUACUCAAGUCAACAAUACAUUUGCAAAAUUGCAAGAGAAACUUCCUGGAUCAAUGAAGCGCAGCAAAACUGAAUGAUCCCACAUGAGAAACCUCCAUGUCACCACCAUCCUCAUCUCCAUCACUCUGAGAAAACCAACCCUUUAUAAUCUCACCCAGCUCCAGUUACCUCUCCCACCUCUCCUCCGCCCUACUUCAUCACCUCCAUCCCCCUGACACAGAACCGUGCUAGAUAGAAAAUCUCAGAGCUACUCAAUGUUCAAUGUAAAACUACUGCGCAGCUUAACUUGCAAACAUAAAAAAGAGCCGUGCCUGCAGAGCCAUGAGGCACCGUGCUUAUGUGGAGGUCAUGUGACACUGCAGCAUUUCCCAGCUGCAGAAGGAAGGCAGGCUCAAGUGAACUAGACUGAAUCUAUGACCUGGUUUCAUCAUGUACAGAGAGGACAGGGUGGACGACGGCUGGCUGCUGAAAGCAAAUGUCUGUACAGAAACCACAUGGUUCCCUGCAGGUACAGUGAUGGGAAGGUACAGCUGUUACACGCAGCCAACCUUUGUCUUACUGUGGCCAAUCUCAUCAUGCCCUUUACUUAACAUUACAUUCUGUGGGAAGAUAUUUCAGGAGCUGUGAUUGGCUGUGCUUCUUCUGAUUGGUCUGUUCAGUUAGAUUUUUUUAACUACAGGCAGUUUUUCAACCUUCCGCAAUGCACUGAUUUUCUUUUUCUUCGAACCCUGAGCCAGCUGUGAUGAUUUGGUCUAGUUCACUGUGUUGAGAUGCAUUUUUCAGAAAACGUCUGUUCUUGUAAAUAAACCUGAAAAACGACAGGCUCUCUGCUCCGUGGAACACAUUGGCAUAGCUUUUUAUAUUGAAGAAAGCCCCUUCAAUCACAGCAGUCUUGACUGUUUCUGCACCUGUUCAGUCCACUAAGUGUUGAGUUCUUGUUUUCACUUGUAUAUUUUGAUUCUAAUUAUUACUGCUUAGAACUGCUAUCUGUACAAAUUUUAGGAUGGCUGCUUAGACUCCCUUCUAGCUCGAUAACAGCUUUGUAAUAGUUCUGUUAUGUUUUCUUGAGCUUCUUAAUUUUAACCAAUAGUUCUUUAAGUCCUCCUUUAUAGAAAUAGCCCGAUAGGUUAAGUGGCAGACUGAUGUGUUUAGAGGAGUCCUAAAUCUUUAAUCCCUACAUGGUUUCUCAGACUGCUGUUGUGUUGAGUGUAAAAUGUGAGUGGUUUGGAUUGUUUUGGCAAAAUAAAAGAAUCUUGAGUAUAUAAAAGCUGUUCAGUUUAAUUUGAAGCGAGGUGAAGUGACAACAGGCCAAAGUUGGCUGUGAUCUGGAAAAUUAUGGCUAAAAUUAAAAUUGAUUGUAAAAGUGAAAAUUUUUGUUUGUGCUGUGAUCAUUUCUGUCACUUUUCCUUUAGGAUUUUAAAUCAUACUUUUGAAAAGCUGUGAUUCUAAUUUUGAAACAUUUUACUCUGUGUAAAAAUGUUCCUCGGUGGCCCAGGAAGAAGUAAGAGGAGUUCAGGUUUGUUACAAAUAGAAGGUGCCAUUUUAAAUAAAGUGUAGCUGGAGAUGAUAGAAACCAGAUUUGGAGUGGUUAUUGUAGAAUUCUUACUAUGAUUUGGGGUUUUUUUUUGACUGCCAUGAAGUGCAUGUCAUAGUAUAAGCUGAAACAGAGUUUCAACCCUUACCUUUAUAGCCUGUAAUACGUUGUUGAUCCUGACUUUUGUAAAAUAAGAUUACUACUUGUGAUUGUUUCUGUAGUGUUUUUGAACCUGAUUAAAAACCAUAGUGACGUGUUGGCCCUGCAGUUGUUGACAUUAUUUUAAGGGACAGAAGUGUGAAUAGUAAGUCAUCACCACCUAUGUUACUGUUACCUUUCAAUCCCACUCCAGAGUCUGUCUGCACGUGUCCCCCUGCAUUCUGAAUGGGCAUCGACGUGACGACGUGCAGUGAUCUAUCAGACGUGCCCUGAAUGUCCCUCCUAUGCAUGACCUCUGUAUGUCACAUCACUAUGAUUCACCAACACAGGUCUGAGUCGACUUUAUGCUGUUCACCGUUGGUGGUGAACCCAGAAUAUGCAGCUGCUGUGUGUUUGUCACUUCAGCUACGGAGGAAGAACGCUGAAGGUGUGAUCAGAGAUAAGUUACACACUAUUAAAGAAAAAACUCAUGUAAUUUCUGGAAAAUAUUUACUACAUGUUUAUAAUUUAGAUUUAAGAAAGGAAGUCAACUGAGUAAUUCUAACUUCUGGCUGUGCAAAUGUUUUGAGUUGAAUUCUACUGGACAGAUUAAAAAUGACACCAUGGUCAACAAAAAUAAGAUCAGAAAUUGUUCAGUUUCUUUUGAUAGUCCCUAUAAAUAUCAAAAUUAGGUUCUUUUAAUUUACAUUCAGCAUUUUCAAAGGAAACCUCAACCUAUUUCAUAAACUUUAGGAAUCAGCAGAGGAGUUAAAGUGAAAAGUGGGGUGAGGGGAAAAUUGCAAGAAGUCAUUUUUAGAAGAACUGAAGAAAUCUUUCUGCUUGCUUGAUGACAACAAAGGUCAUGUUUGCAUUUAGACUGAGCUGACCCAUAAUUAUUCACCUGGUUUGAGUGUUGUGCUGUUAAAGCCACUUAGUGUUCCAGGUGCACUGCAUCACCGAGAUGAACAUUGGUGAAUCAAAGUGAGCGGAGUUGGGGUGUGGCCAACACAAAAACACCACAAAGUGAGCAUAGUUCCCUAGCGUGUAGAAUAUAAUGCAGAGGAGAUUCAAUAUGAUUUCCUGUAGCAUGUUUUUUUUUUUUUUCCUCCUUUACUGUUGGUGGGUUUAUCUGUGAUGGGAGAGUGACGGGAUUGUGUCUAAAUUCUGUUUCCUCACUCUGUUUGCUUUGAGCUCUUAAUUGGUAUUUGGACAUUGUGAACUAACAGCUCAGUUUUGUAGCAGCUAUAACUUUGGUUCCAGUUUAUGAAGCUUUUGGACAGAUGUUGCAGGAAAAAAAGAAAACUGCAAAAUGUUUGUGGUCUCUGUACUGAUGUCAAAGUAAGAUGAUUAAUAAAAACAACUCAAAGGUC